GCUGGAGGGAAACAGCCACCCUUGUCUGUCACAGUAACCCACUUCACGACCACCGCACCGUCCAAGUUGCAUUUUCUCCUCUCAGCCAAACUUGAUUGUGCCGGAGAAAUGAUUUCAGUAGACGUCACUCAUCUGCAUAGGGAGUAAAAUGCCUCCAUCCUGCACGGCUGUAUGCACACUCGAACCCUCUGUAUCCUCGUUGUACGUUUAAAGGACACACUAAUUGCUGCAUAUCCGAAACUACAAACAUGGAAGGAGUAGGAUGUUACUAGCCUCCGCCGUAGUGGUAUGGGAAUGGCUGAACGAGCACGGACGCUGGCGGCCCUACAGCCCGGCCGUCUGUCACCACAUCGAGGCAGUCAUCCGGAGCGACCCGCGGUGUGGUAGUGUGGUCCUCGGACAGGUGGACUCUCGCCUCUCGCCCUACAUCAUCGAUUUGCAUUCCAUGCACCAGUUCCGACAAGACACAGGUACCCUUCGACCGGUGCGACGUAGCUUCUACGACCCCACCUCAGCUCCAGGCCAGGGCUGGUUGUGGGAGUGGGAGAACGACGCCGGCAGCUGGACGGCGUACGACACAGAGGUGGGCAUUGCCAUCCAGGCAGCUCGUGAUCGACAGCAGCCCUGGCUGGACCUGGCGCCGCUGGGGUUCUGCUACCUCAUUGACUUCGAAAGCAUGACCCAAAUCAACGGGCAGACGCAGCGCUGCCGACGCAUCCAGCGCCGCUCCGACUUGGCCUACCCAUUGGUGUCCGGACCCCUGCCCAAAUCUCACCACGCCUGGGGGCCCGCGUCCAUGCCCGGCCCCGGGGGACUGCUGGGGGUGGACAUGUCUGGGGUGGGCAUGGGGAUGCGAAUGAGCAGCGGCGGGACUGGAAACGGGAGCGCCUACCCCAGUGGGGCGCUUCCGGCUUCGGCCAUCACCUCCUUGGGACAGCCGUGCGCCUGCCAGCAGUGCAUGUUGGUGCUGAGCGUCAAGGCGGGCGCCAUGUCGACCGCUCAGACUCUGGGUCGUAGACCACCGCAGACCAAACCACCGAGUCCCAAACUCAGCCUCCCAGUCCCAGGGGGGUCGUACUCACUCACCCUGCCUCGGCCUCCGUCGCUGUCCCGCUCCUUCUCCCCACACAGGACGUCCAUAGUCGGGGCUACAGGUGGUCUCAGUAUGGGUGGGAUGGGAGGUGGAGGAGGUCUGGGCAUCAUUGGCGGCGGUGGCGGCGGAGGUGCUGGUCUUGGCAUCGGAGGCUUCACCCAUUCCCUUUCCCUCCUCGGCUCAGCCACCGCAGCUCUCUCCAUCUCCUCCACCAGACCCCCUCCUCCACCUCUGCCCCCUCCCCCACCGCCCCCACCUCCACCUUCCAACACGCCAGCAUCUGCAGCCACCUCGCCACCUCACCCUUCGGUCUCUCCCUCCUCCUUGCUCUCCGCUUCCUGUUCCGCCCCUACAGCGCCCGCCCCGGGUCCUCCUCCUCCUCCACCUCCACCUCUCAUCUCGACCACUGCCUCCACCUGCACGCCCUCGCCUUCUGCCCGCGUCUUGGGUCCAGUGUCUUCAUCCGGCGCCGCUGCCUGUGCGGCGCCACUGCCUCCACGGUCCAGCCUGGCGGGCCUGAGCCGACCGGCGCUGCAGCGGAUCGCCAUGGCUCAGUCACGAGCCCUUAUCGCCUCUGGAGUGCCGACGGUUCCAGUGAAGAACCUUAAUGGGUCCAGUCCUGUUCACCCAGCUUUGGCAGGUAUUACAGGCAUCUUGAUGAGUGCUGCGGGGCUUCCUGUUUGCCUGACCCGACCCCCCAAGCUGGUGCUUCAUCCUCCACCCGUCAGCAAGAGCGACAUCAAGCCCGUGCCCGGCCUGGGUCACUGCUGCCGCAAGACCACCAAGAAACAGGCUCGCAAAGGAAAGACACCAGAGGAGGUGGUGAAGAGGUACCUCCAGAAGGUCCGCAAUCCUCCAGAGGAAGACUGCACUAUCUGCAUGGAGGCCCUGGCCGGACCCUCAGGGUACAAGGGUCCCGGCGUGGGGGGCAUCUCCCGGGCUGAAUCGGUGGGUCGCCUGGCGCAGUGUGGUCACCAGUACCACCUCCAGUGCCUCGUUGCCAUGUACAACAAUGGCAACAAGGACGGCAGCCUGCAGUGUCCCACCUGCAAGACCAUCUACGGGGUGAAGACCGGAAACCAGCCCCCCGGGAAGAUGGAGUACCACGUCAUCCCCCACUCACUGCCUGGACACCCCGACUGCAAAACCAUCCGCAUCAUCUACAACAUCCCUCCUGGCAUCCAGGGCCCAGAGCAUCCUAACCCAGGCAAACCCUUCACUGCACGUGGGUUCCCCAGACAUUGCUACCUCCCCGACAGCGAGAAGGGACGCAAGGUUCUGAGACUGCUCCUGGUGGCAUGGGACCGCCGGCUCAUCUUCUCUGUUGGCACGUCCAGUACCACCGGCGAGUCCGACACUGUCAUCUGGAACGAGGUGCACCACAAGACGGAGUUUGGCUCCAACCUGACGGGCCACGGCUACCCCGACCCGGGCCACCUGGACAAUGUCCUGGAGGAGCUGAAGGCUCAGGGCAUCACUGAGGAGGAGUGUCUACCCAGAGACUGAAACGACCGCAAAGGGGGGGAGGCCAGUUUAUACCAAGAACUGAACCUGACAGAGCAGACAGAGACAGCUUUUACCACCAGAGACAGACUUCAAAGCCAGAACUGUUCACAAAAACUGAAUCGCAAGCAGAGUUUUUCUUGUUCUUUUCAGACGUCGCCGAGAUUAAAACCCCCCUCGCCGACUGCAUGGGUCAGUUUCAGUAUGUGGGUUUCUUUUUCCUGAUGCAGUACCAGUGUCCAGAUCACAGAUGUUAUCCGGUGAGACGUUUGAGACCACUGUGCACAUAAAAGUCAGUGUUAGAGUCAAAAGAAGACAAAAAAAAAAACAUUUAUACUGUGAGACUUCUUAUCAAGAAUGUACCUGAAAGUGUUUACCACUACUGCUGCAGCUGCGUGGAAACGAAAGGGUUAAUUUGACGAAAAAUCUCAGAGUGUUUUUAGGGGUUUUAGUCCACAAGCAGAAGAAACUUUUCACCGCAGACAAAUAUUUUAAGUGUAUAACUGGAUAUCUGAGCAUGGAUAUUUGCUGACCUCUAGUGGUACUUUUACAGAACUACAUUCCUUUUUAGGUUUUGAUUUUUAAACUGUAUUGUUGUAUAUUCUGAAUAUUUGAUAUAAUAUACGAUUCAUUAUCUUUUUUUAAUAUUUUGUUUAACAUUUUGUUUUAUAAUGUGCAUUUCACUGCAUUGUUUUUGGUGUGUGGGGUGAAGUUAAGAUAAGCUGCUGGUGUACCACAGUUUGCCUGACACUUUAUACUGUAUAUGCCAUUUUACCCGACUUUUUUUCAUUUUUAAUAUGUACUAGGUUGACAAAAUAACAUUCCUUAAUUGUUCUGCCCCCAGAGAAAGGGUAUAUUUAAUAGAUUUCUAUUAUCAUCUUGUAUCUGCGUUAAUGUAAAGGACUGAUAGACAAAGCCACUGGAGUAUUAGCGUUCCCCCCGGAAGGAAAAAAAAAAAAAAAUGAAAUCUCCUGCCCAAGCUCAGAUUUGCACAGAGCUUGAUCUUUCUACUUAGUAUCACCCUCAAAAAGCAAUCAGACAGCUUGUACACAGAGACACACCAGCCUCAAACGCGCAAGUCACAUGACCAUCCAUCGCUUUUGUCAUAUUUCUUCUUAUUUCUUGGUUUAUUUUGUUUUUAUGUUCGCCAUGGGCAGGUGCAAAAGACUAUCUCUCGUUGUGGAUCCAGCUUUUGGCCAAAGUGGUCCAGUCAGUCUGGGUUCGGUCCAUUGUAGACCGGUUUAUUAAGAGUGUUGACAUACUAAUGUAGGCCAACAUUAAAAGCAUUUAUACUUUAUGAUACUUUAUGUAUGCACUGUACUGUAUGUAUGUGUUUUAUGUGCACAAAUUUGCAUUAAACAUUUUUCUAAGUUUCAAAGUGAUAACAGAA